AAAAAGAGGGUGUUCAAUGAUUCACUUGCCUUUGAUCUAUAUCAGCCAUAGGUGAGCCCGGCAAAAAAGAGUGCCGGAGUUUCAACAUCCAUUCUCGGAUUGAAUAGGUGACUGCAUAAUUCAGAAUUAACCAACAAUUUUUAAUAGUGAACAUUAGUGUUCAUUCACGUAUUGUUCAAGAUGGAAGGUCAUUAUUCUCAUAUACACUGGACCAAGAAUCGUUUCUUGAUCAAAGACGAACAAUGGGCGAAUGGACUCAAGUCUGAUGAGACUAUUCGACUACCAAGUAACUUUGACCCUAGUCAUCUUGCAGAAACAAACUUGAACAUGAGAGAUUUGAUCAGAGAUAAAAAACCACCUCAAAGACAAAAAUACACUUGGAAAGCUGAUCCUAUGGACCCUUAACUAUACCCUCCUCCUUCAUUAUAUUAAAAAAUAAACAUGUAUUAAACAACU